CCGUCAGCACAAUAUUCCCAAUCACCUCUACCCCAAUCAACACAAAAUGAAGUGCAUCUUCCUCCUCAUCUGCCUAACCGUCCUCGUCAGUCAAACGCAAGGCCUGAUUCUCGAUAAGAUGUUCAACAUUCUCCCUCCGACAUUGAAGAAGCUGGUCAAGAAGGUGGUCCAUUGGGCUUGUCCGAAUGAGAGGGCACCGAGUGUAGGUGGCGGUGCAUCAGAUGUGACGACUACGAAGAAGGUGACGAAGACGGUGAAGGAAUCUCGCAAAUAAUCGAUCCUCAUCGGGGUCAUCAUCCACUGUUGGCAUAUAUUGCUCAUCAUAAUGAAGCUGAAUUGUGCGAACUGCCAAAUGUUCAAUAUUUCAGAUAUUUUCAC